UCCGCUCGGGCUUCCCGCUUCCCUAACCCAGAAGUCACGUUAGGAGCCGGGAGCCGGACCCUGGAGCGCCGGCCGAAGUUGCGCAGCCAGAGCCGCUCGCGCUUUUCCAGCCUCUCAGCCUCGGGCGCUGGGGCCGAGGCCGCCGCGGGGCGCGCGGCACAUGCCCGCCCCGGGCUGCGGCUUCGCUCGCCUCUGCGGCCGCCCCCGGCCGGGCAGCCCGCUGGCCGCGCCGCGCCUCCGGCCGCGUCGGCUGUCACUCCCGCUGCCGCCGGGACGCUGCCCCGCCGGGGACCUCCCUGCGCUUUGGCACCCGGAGCGGCAGCGCGGGGCGGACUGCGCGAUCGGCACGGACACAGCGUCCCCGGCUCCGCUGGUCCCGCGCCUCCGACGGGGACUGAGCUUCGUUCGGGGAAGGAGCCGAGGGCACUCUAGCUGCUUGCCCGAAGAUUCGGGAGCUCUCCGGCUUGGAGGAUGCCUUCGAGCCAGGAUGGUGAGAUGGGGGGCCGGAGACCGAGGACUGGUUAAGCGCGCUGCGGGGUCGGCCUGGAAGCUUUGCGCUGCCCCUCUGGGGGGUCUGCUUGCCACUAAAUGCCGGCUCUGGCGGCCCCAGGGCAGGUGCUCUCCGCGUAGCACAGCCUACUCCGGACUUUCGGCCUCCGGGGGUGAGCCGGGAGCGCCGGGGUGCUGAGGCGUGGCCAGCCACUAGGGGUAGGGAAGAAUACUCGGAACGCCCUGCUCCCGGCUCACCCAGCCGUGCCGAGUGGCAGAACUUGCGGGGAAAAGUUGGGGCGGGAGGGAGGAGCGCUGGCGAAAUCGGACUGCUCUAAAGGGCUCCAGUUUAUUCAGACUUCAGGUUGGGUCCUAGGGAGUGAGUGAGGUUCGGGCUAUUAAAGCAAACAGCCUUGGCCCCUCCUGCGGCAAACCGGCCCGACCGGGGAGGGCCGUCAGAGCGGCCCCACCUUUCCUCCCUCUCGGAUCCGCCUUUCCCCGGCUUCUGGGGGAACUGGGACACGGACUUCGUUCGUCUCCCUCUCUGCAGAGUUGGAGCUGGAGCUGGAGGCAGGGCGGCAGGCGGGAGGAGAGAGCAGUGGGUUGAACAGGCGGGUCUGUUCGACCCCUCUGGCCAGCACGCGAAACCAUCUGUUAGCCCAGCCCCCACCGCCAAACUCCGGAGGCCCGGGGUCGGGGGAACUAAGCCUGAAAUCGAGCUCAUUCUCGAGACCCUUUCCGAGCCAGGAGGAGGUGGGAAGCAGCGGGCAGCUUGGCUGGUGUGGGAAUCCCCCGAGCUGGAUCCUGUUGACUGCGCAAUGUCCGCCGGCGUUCCGGGAUUUUCGCAUGAUUGAAGAACGAUACGGUCCCCGGGACCUUUUCUCCCCGCCCUGGGACCGAUGUAAGAAGAAGAGGGUCAGAUAGGGCUGGAGGACUGGCCCUGACAUGGCUCUGGAGAGAGGGACCAUAGGGAAGAAUUCCUGAUUCUCUUACCCCUGGCUGGAAACGCGGAUACCUCUCUGGAGAUCCCGAGAAGCUGGGGACCUGGACGUGCUAUCACUGGAGGAGUCCCGCGUACCUGGGAUCGCAGAAUCUCCCCACCUCGAGUCCUGUCUCCCCGAGAGCUUCCUACAGGAGCGGACUACAAAGGGGGUGUGGGCAGUGGUCGCUCCCUCUUCUUCUCAGGAGCCGGGCUUGCCAGAGGCUGUGCCUUCCUUCUCUGCCUCCAUCGUUCCGGAUAACCAGAGAACUCAGUCCACCUCAAGUCCUUCCAGAGCUGAGAAGGGAGCGGUAUAAUAAGCUCCUCUGCCGACGCAGCUCCUAACUCCGAGCCCCUGGGGAUGGAACAUGCGUCUCCUCACCCCUUGACUUGGGGCGGGGCAGGAGAGUCCCCACGCCAGCCCCGAGAUCCGGGCCUGGGAGAGGGUGAUAAGGAGCCUAGGGCGGAGGCAGCCGGAGAGGCCUGUGUUUCUGUAGCGGCUCGGUCUCCGGUGGCCGCGAGCUUGAGGGUGUUUCGGACAAAGGUCACGGAUGCAAGGCACCCGAGCCGUUUCCUGCCCAGCCCCUGCAGGGUUCUGGUGCUCCUGAACCCCCGAGGCGGAACCGGCAAGGCCCUGCAGCUCUUCCGCAACAGGGUGCAGCCCAUGCUGCAGGAAGCAGGUGUCUCCUUCACACUGCGGCUGACUGAGCGGCGGAACCACGCGAGGGAGCUGGUGCGGGAAGAGGAUCUCUCCUCCUGGGAUGCCCUGGUGGUGAUGUCUGGAGAUGGGCUGAUGCACGAGGUGGUGAAUGGCCUCAUGGAACGACCGGAUUGGGAAACAGCGAUUCAGAAGCCUCUCUGUAGCCUUCCAGCAGGCUCGGGCAAUGCUUUGGCUGCAUCUGUAAACCAUUACGCAGGCAACGAACAGGUGACCAAUGAAGACCUCUUGACCAACUGUACCCUGCUGCUGUGCCGUCGGGGGCUUUCUCCCAUGAACCUGCUUUCCCUACACACGGCCUCGGGCAGCCGCCUGUUCUCUGUGCUCAGCCUGGGCUGGGGCUUUGUUGCAGACGUAGAUGUGGAGAGUGAAAAGUACAGGUGCCUAGGGAAAAUUCGCUUCACGCUGGGCACGUUCCUGCGCCUGGCGGCUCUUCGCACCUAUCAAGGCACGUUAUCCUAUCUCCCAGCUGGAGCACCUUCCUCCAAGAUCUCCGCCGGUUCUCCCCUGGGCCAUGACCAGCCAGGCCCUGUGGAUUCGCUCCUAGUGCCUCUGGAGCAGCCAGUGCCCGAAAACUGGACCGUGGUUCCUGAGCACGAAUUUGUGUUGGUGCUCGCUCUUCUCCAUUCCCAUCUGGGAAGUGAGAUGUACGCUGCCCCCAUGGCUCAGGGAACUGGAGGGAUUAUACAUCUGUUCUACCUUAGGGCUGGCGUACCCAGAAGUAUGUUACUUCGCCUUUUCAUGGCCAUGGAAAAGGGCACACACAUGGACCUGGACUGCCCCAACCUGGUGUACGUGCCUGCAGUCGCCUUCCGACUAGAACCGCACGAUACCAGGGGCAUGCUUACAGUGGAUGGGGAGCAGCUGGCCAGUGAGGCUGUCCAAGGCCAGGUGCACCCUGAGGGCUUUCAGUUGGUUAGUGGCUGUCCAGAACUAAAGCCUAGCCCAGAGCCAAGCCCUCUAUCCUGUUCAGAAAACUCUGCCUCAUCUGAGUUCACUUCUUAAAUGCUGGGACUUGGUUUUGAAACAGGCAGCGCCUUACCCCUAAGCAAAAAGGGAAUUCUUCCACAGGUUAGGUAGUUGCAGGACUCCAAAAUUAGGCAAGCCAGCUGUUAGAUGUCCCAAGAUUUACCCAUCUCAGGAUCAGUUAGUGGAACUCUUUUGGCCAGAGGUAGCAUACCAAAUAAGCAGUCUAAAUAAAAUAACUUUUCCAGGUUGCCUAAUUCUAUCUCUGGGGAAUAAGGAAAAAGUGGGGAAAAGUUUGGCCCUAAGAGAAAGGAUCAUAUUUACAUGGUGCUUUACAAUGAUAAAGUUCUUAAAAUCCAGGUUCAUUUGGCUUAUUGUUUGCAGAUGAGGGGGGAAAAUUAUGUUUGCUAUCUGCCCAAGGUCAGUGAUAAAACUUGAAAUAUGAACUUUAAGUUCAGUGCUCUAGAAUGAACACAGGUGUCAAAUUUUGGCCAGUAAAACUCUCAAGUGCAGCCCAAAUCACAAAAUGUAAUUGGGAACUAGUUAACAAAAUAAAAAAAAAAAGUAAUAUAUGGUUUUCAAAGUCAAUAUGCUACCCAAUGGGAUACUGAUGUACAAUUUAGCCAUCUAUUUCAAUCUGAGUUCAAUACUAUUGCUCUAGGGACAGGGAACUUUUUCUCUGCCAAGGGCCCAUUUGAAUAUUUUAUAACACCAUUCCAGGACCACACAAAAUUAUCAAUUUAUAGAAUUCAAGCAGUGGAAGGUUGUAUCUAGCUUUCAGCUCAUCAUCUUCAGUUGCCUUAGAAAUCAUUUCAAAGGCCUUGCUUUAUAAAAUGUUAGGAGAUGGUAAUUUUACUGAUAACCGAGGGAAGUGAAAGCUUGUGGGGGUUCCAAGCUCUAUCAUUCAGGAAAUCCUCAAAGAACUUGGCUGAAGCCUUAUCAAUAAUUGUUAAAAGUCCCUACUAUGUGUCAGGCAGUGGUGAUAUAAAUAGAAAAGGCCUGGCAAAUCCAAGUGUUUGCAUUCUAUUUGAGCCAAAAGGUGGGACUUGGAUCUUUCUUGGCCACAGUUUUAGGGAAAAUUGGGACAAAGGAGAAAAAAGGGCAAACUGGAUCAAUAGCAACUGUUCUCCCUCCCUUAUUCUUGCAAACAAAACCUAUCUCUUUCCAGCCUGUAAUUAGUCCUUUUGGUCAUUCUCCCAUACUCCCACUUCACAUCUUUCCUAUUGAACAAACUAGAUGGAAUCCACAGAGAGCUGCAGGAACAGCAGAAGCAAUGUCAACUGAUCUCUAACCACUCCCCACUUUUUCCUUAUUGGGAUCUUUUUCCUGGAUUUAAAAAAAAAAGAAAAGAAAAAAAAAAAACCUGCCUAGAAUCCUAUUGUGUUAUACCAGCAACUUCAUUCUCAUAAAGAAGUAUGAAAUUUCUUACUACAGUUAAAAUUUUAUGGAAGAGCUUAACUGGCUGAAAUGAUCAAUGAACAGAAACUUUUGACUAUAGCAGUCAAAUAUUAGGAAAUUAUUUUCUAAAUCCUAGAAAGGAGUCAUACUUUCUCUUUUUUUUUUUUUCUGGCAAGGCAAUCAGGGGUAAGUGACUUACCCAGGGUCAUAGAGCUAAGAUGUGUCAAGUAUCUUAAGUUGGGUUUGAAUUUAGGUCCUUUUGACCUGGUCCAGGGCCAAUGCUCUAUCCACUGCACCACUUAGCUGCUCUAGGAGCCAUUAUUUCUGAGAAAGGCCAGACAGCUAGGAAUCUGUGACAGAGAUGUCUGAUGUAUUUGAAAAGUGAUCUGGAUGAUUUCAAAGGAUCCUUGGCUAGGACAUAAGAGCAUAUACCUCACAACUGUUUGGUUCUCAAUGGCUGAAGGAAUGGGAAAAUUUUGUUUGUGUGUUUCAUGUUUCAAAAAUUGUCUUAAGAGGGGAAAAAAAGGCAGCAAAGUCCAGAUGAGUGGCAGAGGCAGGUUUAAUGGCGUUACUUUUUUUUUGUUUAUUUUUACAUUCUAAUGAGCCAAACAAAAAAAAAAAUGCAGGUAAAAAAAAGUUUAAUCACACAGCACUUUAUACAGAUAUUAUAAGCAAUAGAGCAUUCACAUCUCCACAUGAACAAUGAACGCACUUUGAAGCAUGGCCCCACCAGUCAAUCCUGUUUUGUUCUUAAAUACUGUACAGAAUAGAAUCAAGUCUUCAAACGCCACCCACAGUCCUGCCUCUGACCACUCUCCCCACUGCUGCUGCUGCUGUUGCUGCUAGCUGGUUAUAGUACAGCACAGUUGUGGAGUCAGCUUAAGGCUAACAAGAUGCAUCAUGCUUUGGCUUUUUUUUUUUUUUGUCUUUUUCUUAAGUUUAAGGUUUUUGCUUUUAUGAGAUUUUAGCUUUUUUUUUUUAAACCUUAAAUAUUACAAUACAUACACCAAAAAAUUACAUAGCUGCAAUGUGCUCAAUAGCAACCUCAUAACCUGGAGCUUCACAUUAUCAAAAGCUUAGAAAAUGUGUAAACCUCUGUGCGUGUCUUGGGAGAGGUGUUAGUCCCCAGCUGGCCACAGCUCACAACACCUGCAGAUAGAGCCAGCUGGGUGCCUCACUCUCACACCAGAAUGGGUUGGCUGCUGAGGAGGGGAGCUUCUCUCUGGUAUGAGCUUUCCAUGUUGUAAGUGGCUACUGUGAUGACAGGGGCAGAGUCCCUAGUAUUUUAUUUCCAUCUUCCUGCUAUACUUUCACUCCUGGUGAUGGUAAGAGGAGGGAACACUUGUA